CGGAGAGGAGCAGAGUGGCGGUGGAGACAGCAUGGAGAGGGGGCUGUGCGUCUUCGGGGACCCCAAGAGGCUCAAACCUUAAAGCGUAUGGCCGAUUCAUCUCUGAAAUGAGAAUGUUGUGAGUGUUGUCAGGGUUGAGGGUAAUACCAUGUCUCUUCCACUUCAUGUGCCUCUUGACCUGGGCUCGCCUCUUGCAUCUAAAUGAGUGGUAGAGCUUCAUGUCCACCUGGAUGGAGCCAUUAGGCCAGAAACAAUCUUGCACUUUGGCAGGAAAAGAGGGGUUCCUCUCCCUGGCAGCACUGUGGAUGACCUCCUGAAGCAUGUCAGCUACAAAACACCGCUGACGCUUACCCAGUUUCUAGAGAAGUUUAAUCACUACAUGCCUGCCAUUGCGGGUGACCGUGAGGCAGUGAGGAGGAUCGCGUACGAGCUUGUGGAAACAAAAGCAAAAGAAGGAGUCAUCUACGUGGAGGUCCGGUACAGCCCUCACCUCCUGGCCAACUGCCAUGUGGAUCCCAUCCCCUGGGGCCAAACUGAGGGAGACCUCACUCCAGAUGAAGUCGUUAACCUCGUAAAUCAGGGACUACGGGAUGGAGAAAGGGAUUUCCGCAUCAAAGCCAGGUCUAUUCUAUGCUGCAUGCGCCAUAUGCCAAGCUGGUCUCCAGAGGUGGUGGAGCUCUGCAAGAAGUAUCGAAACAACUCUGUGGUGGCCAUCGACCUGGCUGGGGAUGAGUCCUUUAAGGUGGACAAUUCCUCUGAGCAUAAGAAGGCUUACGAGGAAGCUGAAAGAUGUGGGAUUCAUCGCACUGUCCAUGCUGGGGAGGCUGGCCCAGCUGCCAUGAUCAAGGAGGCUGUUUAUCUCCUGAAGGCAGAGCGCAUUGGCCAUGGUUACCAUGUCCUGGAGGACCCUGAGCUCUACAAGGAGCUGUUGAGAGCUAAGAUGCAUUUUGAGGUCUGCCCUUGGUCUAGUUAUCUCACUGGAGCAUGUCUUCCGGACUUCGGGAAACACCCUGUAACACAAUUUAGGAAGGAUCGAGCUAACUAUUCUAUAAACACGGAUGACCCUCUCAUCUUUAACUCCAAUAUUGACAAGGAUUACAGCAUAGUGAAGGACUACAUGGGCUUCACUGAAGAGGAGUUCAAGAGAGUGGUCAAGCUUGUUUUUCACAUCCCACAGCUUCGAGGUGCUAAUAAAUCAGGGCGCUCCAUCUCCCACCACCCCCACAUCCAGAAGACACACAGCCCUCCGAGGGAUGGGGUGGCAGAGUGGGAUGAGGUAUGUUCAGCCCUGGCCAGCCCUAGGACACGGCAGGCUGGCACCUUUCUCCCUGCUGUUUUUCACCCCUUCAAGCCAGGCUCGCACUGGGUGGACACAGCUCUCUGACUUCUGCACAGCAAAGAGCAGUGAGCGAGAGCCCUCGUGUUCACCCAGCAUGGCCUCAAGCACCCAUCACUUUGUGAGUGGGCUCCCCCCGCAGAGACCUUUCAAAGCUGUAAGGAGUUACGAGGGUACGAGUCCCCUCCCCAUUAUUUUUAUUUUCUCCUGACUUCUUAUUUAGCUGCCUUUAUGUGUCAACAUAUUUUUACGUGAACAAAAGCAGCGGCUGUGUGGAAGAUCUGCUAAUGCCUGAGCCUGCAAAGCAGAUGAGCCACACACCAGUCACUUUAAACCCUCAGCUGCAAAAACCCCACAGUUGCUGUUGCAGGCACAUUCCAGGAAGACCACAUACUGUCCCUGCUUGUGAUGUAUGGACUUAUGGGCUGUGGGGUGGAUUCCUUUGCAAUGGGGAUCCCCUUCAGACUUGGGUUCCCUAUCUUCCCCCAAAUCAUUCAGCCAGAAAAGUUCCUGCUGGAUUUCACCUCAAAGGCUGGAAACUCCCCAGUGGUCCCACCCCUCUUUGAUCACACCAGCACACUGAGUGAGCAUCACCUACUCAAACCCCACUUGAAUUCCUUGCCCAGGAAUGCUCAGCCCCACCAAAACCUCCCCAACACCUUGUAGGCUUCCCUGGGCAAGGAGAAGUCAAAUAAGUGCAGAGUAGGUGCAGCUGGGUCUGUUUUCUAGUAACAUAAAAGGAAGGUAAAGGCAGACCAGUUCUUGAUGGGGUAGUUGUGGGUUUGAGUGGAGGAAGAUCCUUCUACAAGGACAGAGGUAAGCAAGGCUGGCUCUUCAUUUUUAUGCCUAGUAAGAAAAAGAGCAACUUUGUCCAUCUUUUUGUUCUGAUCUGAGGAGCUGAACUCUGCUGCUGUGUGAAAGCAGCAUUUGUGUGCCUAGGAAGGAGAGCUUUGCUUGGAAGGGGUGUUGUGCAGGCUGUGACUAUGCAAUUUUGUCUGCUGUUAGUUGAGGAAGACUCUGCUUAGCACAGGGUGCGUGAAGCUGAGAGCCACCUGCCUUGCCUUUUCCUCAUUGUGGUUUGCAUAAUCCCGUAGGGACUCGCAUCCAGUAUCCAAAAUGCCUUUCUGAUUCAGUAUGGUGUAAGAGGUUGAGCAAGAAGCUGUGAAACCUCCUGAGGUGUGAGGGCCCUGGCAGCUCCCUGUAGUGCCUAAAAAUAACUAGGAUAACUCUUAAGGGUGUCACUAUGGAAUGAGGCUGGUUAGCAAAGCCAGGCUUAGCUCUGCUCCCUGAGCAGAAGAAAGACACCAGCAGGACUCCCAGCCCUGGGCAGGGCUUGCCUGGGGAGAUGGAGCAGGGCUAAGAUCUGUCUUUAGAAGCUGUGAGAAGGACUGGGUGGCUGGGAUGGUGCUAUUGGUGCUUCACACACAACAGAAAAGGAAAAUGUAUGAGUUAAAAACAAGCUGGCAAGUUGAGACAGUUGAAACAAGUGAGAGAUGGCUGAGCUAAGCCCCUUCAGGCAGCUCCACGGCUUCUGUUCUCCACUGAAAUCAGUAGUCCCUUUGGCUGUGCUACCUUGCUGGGACCACUACCUUGGCAGAAAAAGCUCCGCUGGCCUGCGUGCCCUCUUCUCUGAGUAUUUCUUUGAUAGAUGGAGAUUUUUUUUUGUACAACUUUGACAGGUGACAGCUUCUGAACCUUUCUGCAGGCAGGGUAAAUCUGUCUGCAUAAGUUACCAGGGACUUGACAUCUAGAGACAAGUUUAAGUGGUGCUCGAGACACACCUGUAACGUUACACUGGGGAUGUUCAGUGACUGUUCCCAAGUUGUAGUCACAGAAAAGGGGAAAUCUUCUAAUGAAAUUAACUGCCAAUUAUCUUAUGGUCCACUGAAAUGCAGCCUACGUGUAGAUGAACAUGGGGUAUCUCUAGCACAUGAGGUAAAGAGGCUGAAUAUAAAGCCCCAAGAGACCCAUAGGAGAAAUAUCCACACGUCCCAGAGUCCUGAGGUUCUGUAUUGCCAGAUCUGCAAACAGUUCAGCCAUGGCAGCUCUGUGCAAGGGAAAGUUCAGCAUAGAAACAAGAGAAAUCAGCUUUACAAGAUAUCUGAGGACUGAGGAGAGUCUUAUGAGGAGCAGCUGAGGGAAUUGCAGUUGUUUAAUCUAGAGAGAAGGAGGCUGAGGGACAAACUCAUUGCUCUGUAGAACCACCUGAAAGGAGGUUGUAAGGAGGUGGGUGUUGGUCUCUUCUCUCAAGUAACAAGUGACAGGAUGGGAAGAAACGGCCUCAAGUUUCACCAGGGGAGGUCUAGAUUGGAUAUUAGGAAAAAAUUCUUUACUGAAAGAGUGGCAGCUUCCUAGCAUCUCGUAAUUUCAAAUACAGGGGGAGGUCAAAUGACUCUACAGGAAAGAAAUCUCCCAUUCCUGUUUAUGUAAUACCUCUCUCUGAAUAAAACUUUUAUCUGUCCAUAGU